AUGUCUGAGAAUGUUGGUUCAGGGACAGGGUCUUCGCUUCCUAGUAUUCCUAGACCUACACCUGCUGUUUCUAGGAGAAAAAAUGCAACUGGAAAUAGAAGUGAUAUAGGAUGGAAACAUGGGAUUGAUGUUCAAGGCAAUGGUAAAAAAGUGAAGUGUAAUUAUUGCUCAAAAACUAUAAGCGGAGGGAUUUACAAAUUCAAGCAUCAUCUUGCCGGUACUAAAGAGGAUUCAGAGCCUUGUGCUUCAGUACCUGAAGAAGUGAAGGCUGUGAUGUUGAAAGUUUGUGUGGAGGCUAAAGAAGCAUCAUUGAAGAAGAGAAGAUUUGGUGAUGAAGAGGAUUAUCCUGAACAAACAGAAAAGGAAAAGGACAAUUCUCAACAAAAGGGGAAAGAUAUUCGCAACUUUGUCACAAAAGGAAAAGGGGCUCAAGUUCAAUCAACAAUAAAUCAAAUGAUGAAGAAGGAUCUAAAGGAACAAUGUGAUCAACAAUGUGCCAUAUUUUUCUAUACAAGUGCUAUUCCUUUCAAUGUUAUUAAGAAUCCCGAAUUUUUAAAGUUUUGUGAGAUGGUUGGUAGAUAUGGAAUUGGCUAUAAACCUCCUUCUUACCAUGAGUUAAGAGAAACCCAAUUAAAGAAAGCAGUAAACAAUGUUGAUGAAAUGCUUACUGAAUUUAAAGCAGAGUGGAAGAGAACUGGUUGUUCAAUCAUGUCGGAUGGAUGGACUGAUAAAAAAAGGCGUAGUAUUUGUAAUUUUUUGGUGAACAGCCCUAAAGGAACAGUUUUUCUUUAUUCAUUGGACACUUCUGACAUCUCGAAAACAACGGAUAAAGUUGUCAAAAUGCUAGAAGAUGCCGUAGAAUUUGUUGGUGAAGAGAAUGUAGUCCAAAUUGUUACAGAUAAUGCUGCUAAUUAUAAGGCUGUUGGAGAAAGAAUGAUGGAGACUAGAAAAAGUUUGUAUUGGACACCAUGUGAUGCACACUGCAUAGAUUUGAUAUUGGAGGAUUUUGAAAAGAAGCUAAAGGGAAAGGACUUGGUUCGGCCAGGUGCCACAAGAUUCGCCACUGCCUAUUUGACUCUCACUUGUCUUCAUGAUAAUAAAGGACCGUUGAUGACUAUGUUUACUUCUGCUGAUUGGAAGACAACUAAGGUUGCAUCAACACCUGAAGGAAUAAGAGUUCAAAACAUGGCCUUGGAUAGUAGGCUAUGGAAGAAUAUUGUCAUAUGCCUCAAGGCUGCUGCUCCUCUCAUUACAGUCCUUCGCUUGGUUGAUUCAGAUGAAAAACCAGCCAUGGGUUUCAUCUUUGAAGGCAUGAGAAACGCCAAAGAAACAAUCAAGACUAACUUCGGUUGUGUUAAAAAGAGUUAUGAACCUAUAUGGGAAAUUAUUGAUGGAAGGUGGGAAAGUCAAUUGCAUAGACCAUUGCAUGCAGCUGCGUAUUAUCUUAAUCCUCAUUAUCACUAUGAACCAAAUUUCAUGGUUGAUGAUGCUGACAUUAAGAUUGGCCUAUAUAGUUGUUUGAAAAAACUAGUUCCUAACCAGGAAGAAAGGAAAAAGGUUGGUCUACAGCUUCCUGACUUUCAUUAUGCUAGAGGCCUCUUUGGUAAUGAAACUGCAAAGAGUAGUAGGAAGACCAUGCUACCUGCUGAGUGGUGGGACUUCUAUGGAGAUAGUUGUCCAGAACUAAAGAAGUUUGCUAUCCGAGUUCUAAACUUAACUUGUAGUUCAUCUGGUUGUGAGCGUAAUUGGAGUGAAUUUGAAAUGGUUCAUACAAAGAGAAGAAAUCGGUUGCAUCAAAAGAAAAUGAAUGAUCUAGUGUAUGUGAUGUAUAAUUUGAAGUUAAAGGGCAAGCAAAUUAGAAAAACUCCAGAACUUGAAUUUGAUGCAGUGCAUUCUGAUGAUGAGUGGAUAACUGAGGAUGUUAAUGAAAAUAUUGCUGAAAGUGUUGAGCAUUCUCACUUGCCAAUGAAUGACAAUACUAAUGAUGAUCCAAAUAGUAAUGAAUUUGCUAUUCCAGGUAUGAAUAGUAAUGAAUUCAACAUGGGUGAGGGAGGUGAGAAUGAGUUUAUUGGGGAUCCACAACAAAAUUUAAUAGAGGAAGAAGAUGAACAUGUGAAUGAUGAUGAAGAUUUUGUUGGCCGUGUUGAACCUGAGGCUGAAAGAAAUGAUGUUUCUGAUGAAGAUGGUGAAGAUGAUGAUGUAAACUCGUACGAGUCUACGAGUCGAGUCUAG